AUGCUGGACCAGUGGAUACAGACCCUCCAGGCGGGAGACUGCCUUGCCGAGCGCGAUCUAAAGAAGCUCUGCUUGAUGGUUAAGGAGAUCUUGAUUGAGGAGAACAAUGUCCAGCUGGUGAGAUCGCCGGUGACGAUUUGCGGGGACAUCCACGGACAAUUUUACGACCUGCUUGAGCUUCUUGCCAUGGGUGGAAAAGUGCCAGACACUAGUUAUAUUUUUAUGGGGGACUUUGUUGACCGAGGGCACAAUAGCGUGGAGACGUUCCAACUGCUUAUGGCCCUCAAGGCGAGAUAUCCAGACUGCAUGACGCUGCUCAGGGGGAAUCACGAGUCACGACAGAUUACACAGGUUUACGGUUUUUACGAGGAGUGUAUGCGCAAGUACGGGAACGCGAACCCUUGGAAGUACUGCGUGGAGGUUUUCGAUCACCUCAACCUCGCCGCUUUGGUGGACAACGAGGUGUUGUGCGUACAUGGAGGCUUGUCUCCAGAAAUCCGAACGAUUGAUCAGAUUCGCACGAUAGAGCGCAACAAGGAAAUUCCCCACGAGGGGGCGUUCUGCGACAUGAUGUGGUCGGACCCGGAAGAGAUUAGGGACGCUUGGCUCAUCAGCCCGAGGGGCGCGGGAUACUUGUUCGGGUCGCGGGUGGCGGAGGAGUUCAACCACAUGAACGGCCUCGACCUCAUCUGCCGAGCGCAUCAGCUCGUGAUGGAGGGGUUCAAGUACCACUUUGCCAGCAAGAGCGUCGCCACGGUGUGGAGCGCUCCCAACUACUGCUAUCGAUGCGGCAACGUAGCUGCCAUGCUGGCGCUCGACGAGAACCUUGGAAGGGACUUCAAGAUAUUCCACGAGGUCGAAGAGUCAUCGUACAAGGCGCAACAACGACAAGCAGUGGUCCCGUACUUCCUUUAGCCCCUGCCCGUUCUCUACCCCCUCCCCCGCAGGAGAGGGUAGUAGGAAGUAAAUACCACCUUGUUUCAGUUUUAUCCAUUUUUUUAUUUUUAUUUUCACGGCUGCUCGUCGGCGUUGGAGGGCAGGCAGCUGGCUUGGCUUGGCUUGGCUUGUCGCUGUCGUUGUUCGCGUUUCGGAGGUACCUGGCCGUAUGUAUGCAUAGCCAUGCCGAUAUUGAGCAGCGAGUCAACAGCGCAGCUGGUGCUAAUGCUAUGCCUGCGGGGAUUUCUGGGUUGCUCUUCUGAUGGUAAUACCGACAGCGCCUGCGUGGCUUUCUGCUGCAGUGGGUUUCUGCGUGAUGCUCUCUGCCGCUGCUUCUUGCUGUGUUCGGCGCUGCUUGGCGAGGAGUUUCCGCGGGUUGGCUACUAUUUAUGUACGGUCUGGUGCUGGUGCUCCGCCGGCGCUACACACUAUGCUGCCGUUGCGGAUGGUAGGACCCCGUUUUUUCCGCCGCCGCUUUCUCUGCCGCCGACCGCCUACCUCUGCUUGCCAUUUUUCCGUCUA